AUGCGCCUGCUGGACACCAAGACUGGACAUUUUGUCGAAAAGGAUCCCAAGGAGACAGAAUACGCCAUUUUGUCACAUACAUGGAGGAGUAGGGAGCAGACGUUUGACCAAUUGCAGCUCGCCGACUCUUCUAUCCUGGACGACCCGGAACUGUCACGGAAGGUUCGGGGCGCGUGCCGGGUGGCGCGCGACGCUGGGUACGAUUACCUCUGGAUUGACUCGUGUUGCAUCGACAAGACGAGCAGCACUGAGUUGUCCGAGUCGAUCAACUCCAUGUACCUAUGGUACGGCCUUUCAAAGGUCUGCUACGCAUAUCUCGCCGACGUCCCGUCCGGCGAAGAUCCCCGUGCAGAAGACUCCGCCUUCCGUAAGAGCCGAUGGUACUCGCGCGGGUGGACACUCCAGGAGCUCAUCGCGCCGCAUAGGGUGAUCUUCCUUUCCAAGGACUGGGACACCAUCGGAACGAAGCAUACACUCGUUGACGUCGUCGAGGAGAUGACCGGAAUUCCAUGCGAGGUGCUAUCGCACAUGAAGCCUCUCGACGAGUUCAGCGUAGCCCAACGACUCUCGUGGGCUUCCCGAAGGCAGACGACCAGGGCCGAAGACCAGGCGUACUCGCUUCUCGGAAUCUUCGAUAUCAACAUGCCUCCGCUGUAUGGCGAGGGCGACCGCGCUUUCCGUCGGCUGCAAGAGGAGAUUGUGCGGCGAUUCCCAGAUCAGAGCCUGUUCGCAUGG